CCUCUCACUCUCUCUCUCUCCCUCUCUCUCCCACUCCCUCUCUCUCACACUGCCUUUCUUGAAUUGACAUUGGUCGGGGUCGAACAUGACUACAGAGGAGAGUUCCUUGGCUGCUGCACGUUUCACGGACCAUCUUCAAAUCCUACAGAUCACUUGAAACUUAAAAAACAGGCAAGAAAGCUAAAAGGACCGCGAAUAUCUAACGGGAGUAACACGGAUUCUUCUUUUUUUGUGCACACUCUCUCGAGCAACCCCGUGUGCUUUUCGUGCUCUCCGUCGCAUAGUAGCCGCUGGUGAACUAUUAGCGUCCUAGUACAGUUAAAGCAACAUGUAUGUGCACGCUAUGAUCCACCUUGGAUUGGUCGCUUUCUGCUGGCUCUCUUGUGCUCGAGCUUCAGGAAGUAAAACCUCUCAAGAUGUAGAUGAGUGCGCGGAGGCGCUGGACAACUGCAGCAUCGACGCCAUCUGCCAGAACACCCUCAAGGCGUACAAAUGUAUCUGCAAGUCAGGAUACAAGGGCGACGGCAAGCACUGUGAAGAUUUAGAUGAAUGUGCCACAGAGUACAACGGAGGCUGUGUCCAUGACUGCAUCAACAUCCCGGGGAACUACAGAUGUACGUGUUAUGACGGCUUCCGUCUGGCCCACGACGGACACAACUGUCUAGGUACGUGUGUUAUGCAAUGUAAUGUCUGUUUACAAUGCCAACUUGUUCAAGUGUGUUCCUAUCCCUGCGCUUUAUGAAACACUGGCCUCCUC